CUAGUUUUUGUUUGACUACCGAGAAAAACGUUCCCAAGUUUAGGAAGCACGCUUUCUCGUUCGUUUUCUCGGUAUCCAAGCAGCAAAAAUGAUUUCGAUUCCGCAGAAUUUCAGUCUCUCACAAAAACGACGUUUCGAGGGGAAAGCUAGGCAUUGAAACAGUGUGAAGUUCGAAUCACAAGAUUUAGGUUUCACUGCAGAAUUUCGCCGCGGGCGCCGGCCGCGAAACUCUUCUCAAUUCUCAUGGCGUUGUCAGACGAAGAAGGUGAAAUCCUGCCGGACUUCAUCACCAACUAUUCCUUCUUGGACUCCGACGACAAGUCCGUUCCCUUCUCGGUGCUGCCGGUGCUGUGGAGCGACCACGACGACUACGAAGAGGGCGAUGAGUGCCGCCUUGGAAGCUCCUCGGGAUUGCAGGUGUUUAUGCUGGGGACCUGCGACGGAGGACAGAAAGUGUACAAACGGGCGGUAGCGUGGAAGUUCGACCUCUCCGAUGAGAUUCCGACGAUCUACGUGCUCUCCAAGGACAGGAACUGGAUCAUUCUGCAGAAGCCGAAGAAGAGUUACGAGCCCAUAAUCAGCAGUUUGUUGGUCACCAUUCAUUGGCUUCAUUUCAACAACAAGAAUGGAGAUGAUUACACUUGGAACCGUUUCGUUGAUUCCUUCAGCUCGGUGGAGGUUCUACCUUGCACGAAGCAUCUGCUGGAUCACGCACCAUUGAUCAGGGAAGCAAAAAAGAGGAACAAGGACUUGGCAAACUCUAAGUGUUCUCUCUUGUUCAUUAAAAGCCCUCUAAGUGCAGCAAAUGUCAACAAGGAGGCGCAACAGGAAUCUCAAGCCGACGAGGAGCUAUUUGACGAUGCUGACAAUGACAGCUUUGUCGAAGGAGUUCAAGAAGACGAUGGGGAAGAGGAGGAGGAAGACGAAAGCUACUUUGACACUGUAUGUGCGAUUUGCGAUGAUGGUGGUAACUUGUUGUGUUGCAAUGGGGUGUGUAUGAGAUCAUUUCAUCCUACUCCGACGGAUGGAGAGCGCACUGAAUGUGUAUCUCUUGGCUUUAGUAAGAAGGAAGAUGUUGCAGCAAUACAAGACUUCAUGUGCAAGAAUUGCCAAUAUCAGCAGCAUCAGUGUUUUGGCUGUGGCAGAUUGGGUUCUUCUGCUAAAUCUCCUAAUCAAGAGGUCUACCAAUGUGCUACAGCUUCCUGUGGCCACUUCUACCAUGCUGACUGCGUUUCAAGCUUGCUUUACCCGCGCGAUAAAAUCACAGCGGCAGACCUUCGUUGGAGAAUCUCAGUCGGAGAAUCAUUCAUAUGCCCGGCUCACAAGUGCAAUAACUGUAAGAAGGUAGAAGAUAUGAGUUUCGACGAGACCAAGUUUGCCAUAUGUAGACGUUGCCCGAAAUCUUACCACAGAAAAUGUCUCCCCAGUGGCAUCAAGUUCGACUCCGACGGAGUCAAUGUAGCACGAGCUUGGGAAGGUCUGUUGCACCACGGUAGGAUUCUUAUAUACUGCAUGGAUCAUGCAAUCGAUAUACGACUCGCAACUCCUGCUAGAGACCACCUGGUUUUCCCCGAUCGUGUUCCCCGGCAGAAAACAAAACAAAUUCAAGAGCUUGUAGCAGACGCCAAACCAAAGGUUGCCGCACCAGGGCAAGAAUCCAUGAAGCCGCAUCAUGUCUUCAAGAUCAACAACUCCACGAACAGGAUAGAGAAGAGAUGUCUGGAGAAGCCACCACAACAUCAACAACAACAACAUCUUGGUUCCGCCACAAACAAGGCAAUGAGAAUAGAAGGAGGCAAAACGAAAAUGCUCAUCGACAUACCCCCGGGAGAUAAGAAACCGGCAUUUGGCUCUGCCUCUACCGUGCCAGUAGUGACCAAACCAGCAGCCACGUUCGGCUCUACUGCCUUCAUCAGCUCGUCAUCCUCAGGGGCUACUACUAAAACCAGUAUAUUCCCUCUGCCGCCGAAAUGCCCUUCUAAACCACCACAAACUCCCAUCCAGAAGGACCCUCCUCCGAGUGAAUCUUACUUAAAAAGCCUGACCGACCUCCCAUCUAUCGAUGAAGCUCAUUUCAAACGACGAUUUUUGAAGUGGAGGGAAGACAUCACGGAGAAAUUCGAGCAACAGAAGAAGGAAAUCCUGGAGAGGGCUUGCGAAGCUGGGCAUCAUGGCCGCACCAGUGUGUUUGUCAAGUCCAUUACUCUAGGACGAAUAGAGAACUAUGUCCAGGCUGUGCGUCUUGCUAAAGAGAAGCUCGAAAAUGGUGGUAGCAACGAUGAUGCACUGGCGGUGUGCCCACGAGAGACCUUAACUACCUUGUACAAAUGGCGGCCAAGGUUGACUGGCUAUCUUCAACCUUUCUUACAUGGGAUGCGAUACACUACUUUUGGCCGCCACUUUACCAAGCUAGAAAAGCUUCAGGAGAUAGUUAACCGGCUCCAUUUCUAUGUGCGUAAUGGCGACAUGAUCGUGGACUUCUGCUGCGGAUCUAACGAUUUCAGUCUGUUGAUGAAAAAAAAGCUGGAAGAGACUAGAAAGUCGUGUCUUUUCAAAAACUUUGACCUCAUCCAGACCAAGAAUGACUUCUGCUUUGAGAAGAGGAAUUGGAUGCAUGUCAAACCAAGUGAAUUACCAGAUGGUUCAAGUUUGAUCAUGGGACUAAACCCACCCUUUGGAUUCAAAGCAGCUCUAGCCAAUGCUUUCAUUAGACAAGCUGUCAAAUUCAAACCAAAGCUUCUCAUUCUCAUCGUUCCAAAGGAGACAAAAAGAGUUGAUGCUGUGGGUCCUUACGAUUUAAUCUGGGAAGAUGCUAGACUACUAUCUGGCAAGGCAUUCUAUCUCCCUGGUUCAGUGGACAUAAACAACAAGCAGCUGGAAGAUUGGAACAAGAGUGCACCUCCUUUAUCUCUCUGGAGUCGCUCCGACUUCACAUCCGAACACUUAAAAAUCGCCCGGCGAUCUAACCACAUCAAGGAUAUUGCCUCGGAAGACCAAGUCAACCAAAACCAGGGCAGUAGUUGGCUUCAACAUCUACCGCCACAUCUCGGUUCUGAUACUCUUGAUGCCGCCCCUGCCACCGCCGGCGAUGGCAUUCCUGAAGGAAACAGCGGUAAAUCAUCGUCGGAAGAGACCGGAGAGUGUUCCGCCGAUGAUGAGGCUGCAGCCCCACCGCCACCGGUGGAUGAGGACACAGAUAUGGGCAUAAUUUGGUCUCCGACACAAACCGGGGAUUGUCCCAUGGAUCAGGUUUAUGUUAAUCUUCCUCCUCCUCCACCGCUUCCGCCACCACCGCCGAUGAUUUACAGUUCCGCUAAUUUCACCUUCUACCCCCGCCCUUCGAUGGGGAAUUGGCCACAGCCGCUUUAUCAACAUCCUCCGACAUUCUCCAUUGCGCCGCCGGAGCUACAGAUGGUUCUACCUCCCCCGCCGACGCUGCCGCCGAUGCCACAGCCACCACCACCGGGUGUUUUUACCUUCAGGGCUGGAAGGAGCUGAACUUUUCUCAAGUGAAUAUAAGCCUAUCGAGAUGAACUCUUCAUGAGCAAACAUAUGAUGCGUAAAACUAACAGAAAUGUCAAUCAACUCUCUUUAAGGACCGUGCAAAGUGUUAAUGUCAAGCUGCAAAAAUGUCAUAUUAGAAAAGAGCUUACUGAUGCAUCACAUGUUAUCCGUUGCCUGUCCGAACUCAAGCACAAAUGAAUCUAAUUAACUUCUCUUCA